AAAAUUGGGCAAACGGUUGCUCUGAGCCUGAUACUUGUUGUUUCGUUGGUUGGGAAUUCUCUCAUCGUAUUAAUUGUUUACAAAACACCAACUUUGAGAAAACCGAUAAAUAUGUUGAUCGCAAAUAUGGCCAUGUCUGACCUGCUCUAUCCAAUAUUCUUUGUUCCUGCUCGUCUGGCAGAAUGGCACGCUGGCUCGUGGCUUAUUGGUGGUACCCUUGGUCAGGCCUUGUGCAAGAUACACAUUUUUCUUGUUGAUGUUUCCUCGUUAGUGUCGAUUCAGAGCCUUGUUCUGAUAACAGUGGAUCGAUUUGUAGCUGUUGUAGUUCCACCCGUUCCCUCUCGUAAGUAGAAAGCGGUGUCUAUUCUUCAUUGUCGCUACAUGGAUCGUCGCAAUGGCCGUUCAUUCGCCAUAUCUUGUUGCUUAUAAACUUGGUAAAUACCCAGAACGACUGAUGUGCAAAGGUCUGUGGCAGGAAGCCUUCGGAGGAAACACAUAUCCAAAUUACAUCUUAGCAGUUGCUAUCGUGUUUUUCUACAUUCCCUUUGUCCUCUUGGUGAUACUGUACUCCGACAUCCUGAUCAAGCUUAAAACCAAGUCCAUCCAGGUGAGCAGUCAGCCAACGCUGAGCAACAGAGGACAAGAAGAAACAGAAACGUGCUUAAGAUGGCUAUUACUAUCGUGGUAGUGUUUUUCAUUUGCUGG